AGCAUGCUGCGCUGGGGAGUCGUCUAGCACGGGCCAUGUUUACUGCUCAUCUGCUCCGCAGGCAAUACCAAGAGCACCUAUGCAGGGCGUGUGCUUGGUACCAGCCGUCCACCAGAGCGCUGUCAAAAUGGACCAGCUACUCCCUGAUCACACCCAACGUCCUGCGGGUGGAGAGUGAAGAGACGGUUGUGGUGGAAGCCCAUGGCCUCAGUGCCCCAAUCGUGGUUACAGUCACCGUGCAUGAUUUCCCGCUUAAGAAACACAUCUUAUACCAGGUCCAAACCGACCUCAACCCUGUGAAUGGGAUGAUGGGCACAGCUGUAAUACAGGUUCCCACCAAAAACAUAACAAAAGAUUCCAGACAAAAUCAGUAUGUCGUGGUCCAGGCUAAGUUCCCUCAGCAAACCCUGGAGAAAGUGGUUCUGGUCCAUUUCCACAGUGGAUACAUCUUUAUCCAGACAGAUAAAACCAUCUAUACACCCGGGUCUACAGUCCUCUACCGGAUCUUCACCGUGGGUCACAAACUGGAACCGGUGUCUAAGAGAGUGAUUGUGGAGUUUGAGACCCCUGAGUCCAUUAUUAUCAAGAGGAUUCCCAUCUCUGCCUACUUGAAAUCAGGCAUUUCCUCCCUGAGCCAUAAUUUGCCGGAGAUUAUCAGUCUGGGAACCUGGAAGAUCACAGCCAGAUAUGAAGACUUCCCUCAGCAGACCUUCAGUGCGCAAUUUGAUGUUAAGGAGUAUGUGUUGCCGAGUUUCGAAGUCAUAUUGGAACCGUCUGAGAAGUUUUUAUACAUCGAUGGCAAUGAAGACUUCAGGGUUUCUAUCACUGCGAGGUACCUAUAUGGGAAAAAACUAGAUGGCCAUGCCUUUGUCCUCUUUGGCGUGAAGGUGGAUGAUGAGAAGAGGAGUAUCCCACAGUCUCUCAAGAGAAUCUCGAUAGAAGAUGGAGAAGGGGAAGCAACGCUGACCAGAGCGAUGCUGCAGGCUCGGUUUGCCAACCUGAAUGAACUGGUUGGCCACUCGCUCUACGUCUCUGUCACCGUUUUGACAGAAUCUGGCAGCAACAUGGUGGAAGCGGAGAGAACCGGAAUUAACAUUGUGACAUCUCCCUAUCAGAUCCACUUCACAAAAACACCCAAGUACUUCAAGCCGGGGAUGCCAUUUGAACUCAUGGUCUACAUCACAAAUCCUGAUGGCUCUCCAGCCCCCCGUGUCCCAGUACAGGCUGAAGGAUUCCAGUCAGCUGGGCCGACUCAGGGAGAUGGAACUGCCAAGCUGAUUAUAAACAUGCCCAGGGAUAGGCAACAGGUUCCCGUCACGGUAAAAACUGCCCAUCCCAACCUCCCAGCAAACCGCCAGGCCUCUAAGUCCAUGGUGGCUGAAGCCUAUCAGUCCCAAGGAGGGUCUCAGAACUAUCUCCAUCUGGCAGUGACGGCUUCUGAGCUCAAACCUGGAGACAACUUACUUGUGAAUUUCCACCUGAAGAGCAACAAUCCAGCUGUUCUGAACCAGAUCCAGUAUUUCACCUACAUAAUCCUGAAUAAAGGGAAGAUAAUUCGUGUAGGGAGACAGGCCAGGCAGGCGGGACAAAAUCUGGUGACCAUGUCCCUGCCCAUCACUCCAGAUCUCAUCCCUUCAUUCCGCAUCGUGGCUUACUACCAAGUAGGAAAUUCGGAGAUUGUAGCAGACUCGGUCUGGCUGGACAUCCAGGACACUUGCAUGGGAACGCUAGUGGUGAAAGGAGCCACCAAUGAAGACAGGAAAAUCCAUGAGCCGGGAACUGUAACAAGACUCAAGCUGGAAGGAGACCACAGAGCUUAUGUCGGCCUGGUGGCCGUGGACAAAGGAGUCUACGUUCUGAACAAAAACCGCAAAAUUACACAAUCUAAGAUCUGGGACUCGGUGGAGAAGAGUGACAUUGGCUGUACGACUGCCAGUGGAAAGGACAAUCUGGGGGUAUUUACGGAUGCUGGACUGGCCCUGGAGACGAGCAAUGGGAUUUCCACAGCCCAGAGAACAGAUCCAGAGUGUCCCCAGCCAGCAAAACGCCGGCGUCGCUCCGUUCAGCUCAUUGAGUAUAAGGCAAACAAAGCGGCAGAUUACCAGGACCAGAAGCUGAAGAAAUGCUGUGAAGACGGAAUGCACGAGAACCCCAUGGGGCACAGCUGCGAGAAGCGGGUUGGGUACAUCCUGGAUACAGAAGAAUGCAAGAAGACCUUCCUCGACUGCUGCAAUUAUAUCAAGACCAUACAUGACAAGCUGCAACGGGAGCUCCACCUGGAACUUGCAAGAAGUGACUUGGAUGAAGAUUUCAUGUCUGACAAAGAUAUCAUCUCAAGGAGCCAGUUUCCAGAGAGCUGGCUGUGGCAAGUGGAGCGGCUGAAUGAGCGACCAAAUGAACUGGGAAUUUCUUCCAAGAAGAUGCCUUUUUUCCUGAAGGAUUCCAUCACCACCUGGGAAGUCCUGGCUGUGAGCCUUUCAGAGACCAAAGGGAUCUGUGUGGCUGACCCCUAUGAGAUAAAAGUAAUGAAAAAAUUUUUCAUCGACCUCCAUCUGCCCUACUCUGUAGUGAGGAAUGAGCAUGUGGAAAUCCGGGCUAUUCUCUACAACUAUUGGGACCAAAACCUUAAGGUCUGGCUGGAGCUGAUGCACAACCCAGUUUUCUGCAGCGCAUCCACUUCCGAGGCUAAAUACCGGCAGAUCCUUGACAUCAAAGCCAAGUCCUCCCUGGCCGUGCCAUUAGUGAUUGUCCCAUUGCAGCUGGGAUCUCACAACAUUGAGGUCAAGGCAGCAGUGCAGGACAGUAUUGUAUCUGAUGGCAUGAAGAAGAAACUGAAGGUUGUGCCGGAAGGGUUGAGGACGACCAAAACAAUUAUGUCUGUCCUAUUGGAUCCAUCUACGAAAGGAGCAGGGGGAGUCCAAGAAGUGAAGGUGAAAGCGGCAGAUAUAGAUGACAUGGUUCCAGACACAGAAUCGGAGACCAAAAUCAGAAUACAAGGAAACCUGGUGACAAUGAUUGCUGAAAACUCCAUUGACGGGGCCAACCUGAAGCAUCUCAUUGUGACGCCGUCCGGCUCUGGGGAAGAGAACAUGAUCGGCAUGACCGCCCCCGUCAUCACCACCAUCUACCUGGACAGCACCGAGCAGUGGGAAAGGAUCGGGGUGGAACGUAGGGCCGAAGCCAUCAAGUUGAUCAUGCAAGGUUACACGCAGCAGAUGGCUUACAAAAAACCUGACUUCUCAUUCUCUGCUUUCAACGCCCGGCCAUCAAGCACUUGGCUGACGGCGUACGUGGUGAAGGUCUUUGCCAUGGCUAAGAAACUGGUGCCCAUUGAAAAAAAAGUUAUCUGCGAGGCAGUGAAAUGGCUGAUCCUGGAAAAGCAGAAACUGGAUGGGGUCUUCCAAGAAGAUGCCCCCGUAAUCCGCGGAGAGAUGGUUGGAGGGUACAAGGGUGCUGAGCCUGAUGUCUCUUUAACGGCUUUUGUGCUGAUUGCAUUGGAAGAGGCCAAGGACAUCUGCAAGGAUCAAGUCAACGUGAGUAUCUCUGCACCGUAGAGUCACUUCUACGUUCAUACCCAGGUUUUCCCAUCUUUCCAUCCCCUAUGAACCACGCCCCAUGGUGUUAUGCUUAUAAGAAGCACAUGAGAUCUUUUUCAGGGGAAAAGGCAAUACGCCACAUUUAUUGAAGAUACAACAAUUAACAUACGCAUUCAAUCACACACCACACACACACACUGACCCGCCAGCCAAUGUUAUAGUUAUCAGUCAGAGUCCGGAUCAAUCUAGUGGCCAGCUAGGUUGAUCACGGGUAGGUAGGAGCCAGGUUCUGUCGGUUGCAACAUGAUGCUCCGGGGAAGUCUUGGAAGAACGAACCCAAAGUUUCAUGGCUCCCCAUUUAUAUAGUGAUUUUCCUUCAUUGGGACCAAUGAGUUCUUCUUUGAGUGCUUGCUGAUAUCAAAUCCAGUUAGGUGUGUGCAU